AUGAGCAUCUUUCUUCGAUCGAUUCUUAAACAUCAUUAUUUAUUAUUAUCAUCAUCAAAACGAUUUCUUGCAUCAACAGCAUCAACAGCAUCGGAAUUAAAAUUAAGUGAUACUUGUGUUCAACGUCUUCAAGCAAUUAUAAAAGAUCAAUCACAAAAACUUCGUGUUUUUGUUGAAGGUGGUGGUUGUUCUGGUUUUCAAUAUAGAUUUACAAUUGAAGCAAAUAAUUUAAAUAAAGAAGAAGAUUUAAUAUUUGAACGUGAAGGUGUACAAGUUAUUGUUGAUAAAGAUUCAUUAGAAUUAUUAAAAGGUUCAACAAUUGAUUAUCAAGAAGAAUUAAUAAAAUCAAGUUUUCGUAUUAUUGGUAAUCCAAACGCUGAACAAGCUUCAUCAAUGGUUUCCGGUUCGAUAAGAGCAGUUAAUAAAGGUAGACGUUUAACAAAUUUUCCUUCACGUGCUGCUAUAACAUUAACUGACUCUGCUGUUCGUCGUAUUAAAGAACUUUUAAAUGCUAAACCUGAUUCUCUAGCACUUCGUAUUGGUGUUCGACAACGUGGUUGUAAUGGUUUAUCAUAUACACUUGAUUAUGCUAAAGAAAAAAAGAAAAUGGAUGAAGAAGUUAAUCAAGAUGGUAUUAAAUUAUUAAUUGAUCCGAAAGCACAAUUAACAUUGUUGGGAACAGAAAUGGAUUUCGUGAGAGAUAAAUUAUCAAGUGAAUUUAUAUUUAAUAAUCCAAAUAUAAAAGGAACUUGUGGUUGUGGUGAAUCAUUUAAUGUUUAA